UUUUAGGGAUGAUAUUUAAGAGACUAAUAAUUUAUUGUUUUCUUUGUAAAAGCCAAAAGAAAAUCUGAAAACUUCUAUUGUUUAUUCUGUUUUUUUUUUUUUUUGAGGCACCUCAUUUAUUGAGUAACCCGCGUAUUUUUUUCAUGUCACCAGACGCUCCCGAAUGUCGCCUCCCAUUUCCAGAAGAAAACAAAAACUGCGUGCGAGGCUUUAAAAACCCAGAUUUCGGGCGCUACGCAUCUAGUGUCGUAGAAUUAAUUCCGCAGCAAAGUGCAAAAUCUCGCAGUUGCCGCGGAGGGAAGCGCUCUUGAAUUAUCCAAAACCAAAGGAUUAGCAGUGGUCCCCAAAAUCUAAUAAAAUCUAAUUCCCCUUUAAGCCGAUAUGGCCAGUCACUUGCCCAAGGGCGGUGCCCUCGUCCUGGUGCUCAAUCUUCUCCUUCUUUCGCAAUGGGAGACCGAGUCGAAACUACUGACUCGUUGUCAGCUGGCCAAGGAGCUAUUGCGUCACGACUUUCCCCGCAGUUACCUCUCCAAUUGGGUUUGUCUGGUGGAAGCGGAGAGCGGACGUAGCACAUCAAAAUCUAUGCAGUUGCCUAAUCAGAGCGUUAGCUAUGGACUCUUCCAGAUCAACAGCAAAAACUGGUGUCGCAAAGGUCGUCGUGGCGGCAUCUGCAAUAUUAAAUGUGAAGAGUUCCUAAACGAUGAGAUCUCGGAUGACUCACGCUGUGCCAUGCAGAUCUUCAACCGCCAGGGAUUUCAAGCUUGGCCCGGAUGGAUGAGCAAAUGUCGUGGGCGCACGCUCCCCGAUGUUUCGCGUUGCUAGGACUGCACUUCGACUCGAUCUUAGCUUUAACUUACUCUAUGCAGUACUACUAGGCCCAUAAAGCUUUAGUUAAUAUGUCUGAAAACUGUAUAUUAAUUUUCGGAAUCGCGCAAUUAAAAUAUUUCCAGGAAAAUCCCGGGAUCAGCGGAAUGCGGUUACUGUCGCAAAGCUGUUUUUGUUCCGAGUGCCAAUCAUUAGCCUUUGAUUAGCUGAAGGUAUCAUAUAGAAUAUUCAUUUUUUAAGGUGACUCAAUAAUAGACUUUACAAAAAUAUCAUCAAAAAAAAAUUUAUGUGCCAUCAUUUUUGAUAAAGUUUUUUAUAACAAGAACAAAAAUCAUUCAGUUUGACCACUUGUUUGUUUUUAUUGAUUUUAAUUAAAAAGUUUGGUUUCGGUUGGUUUAAUAAGCCAACAAAAAUUAAGAUAAAGCAAUUUUCAUAGAUUGAGAAUCUGAAAAAAUCAAACCGCAUUACAUUUUCCAAGCAGACCUCAUACAAAAUUUGAUAAUAUUUCACUUUUGGCACUUUUGAUAAAAAUAGGGGAGGAAAUUCAUUAAAAAUUUAUUUUUAGAAAUCAUUG